AUGACUAGACGAACGACGUCCCCGCUUUUGAGCCGCAGUGUUUCGCUUGGCUCAUCCAAAAGGCGACAACGACUGGUGGCGGGAACCGCCAUCCGCCGCAGUGCCUGGAAAAGGAGCCCUACUUUGUCGCCGGUAGAGUCUCACGCAGUCAAAUUCGUCUUCAAUCUGGACGGAUUUCCCCCAUCUACAGCGACUCUUUUGAUCUCGCAGGACGGAAAUGAAGAGGUCGUGCUCGUCGUUUUUCAUGACAAUGGCAACAAUGCCAACCAGCUCGAUCAAAACCCGAGAUCGUUUUUCUUGGCCGAAAAUCCGGCAAGAGGACAACACCAAGAACAAUACAAGCAGAGAGGACAAGGCCGGCCACAUCAGCAGCUGGGAAAUGUUUUCAGGGGUUUUGAUACAAAGACUAUUGCGGAGGUUUUCAAGGUGGACGAGGAGACUGCAAGGAAGCUUCAGGGGCAAAACGAGGAGAGGGGCCAUAUUGUGACGGUUGAUGAGGGACUUCAGGUGAUUAGGCCGCCGUCGGAGUACAGCCGCCGUGAAAGGGAGGAGGAGGAGAGGUACUAUGGCGGCAGGCCGUCUCAUCAAGGAGAUCAGUUUCUGAUAUCCAGUGGAGCAAUGGACUUGAAAUCAUCUACAGAAGAACCAAACCAAGUAGAGCAGGAAAAACCAUAUUAG